GGGACUCGCCCCGCGCCGCCGAGAUGGUCAUCCAGAAAGAGAAGAAGAGCCGCGGGCAGGUGGUUGAGGAGUGGAAGGAGUUCGUGUGGAACCCGCGGACGCACCAGUUCAUGGGGCGCACCGGGACCAGCUGGGCCUUCAUCCUCCUCUUCUACCUCGUCUUCUAUGGCUUCCUCACGGCCAUGUUCACCCUCACCAUGUGGGUGAUGCUGCAGACCGUCUCUGACCACACUCCCAAGUACCAGGACCGGCUGGCCACACCAGGCUUGAUGAUUCGCCCCAAGACGGAGAACCUGGACGUCAUUGUCAACAUCAGUGACCCCGAGAGCUGGGACCAGCAUGUUCAGAAGCUCAACAAGUUCUUGGAACCUUACAACGACUCCAUCCAAGCUCAGAAGAAUGAUAUCUGCCGCCCUGGGCGAUAUUAUGAGCAACCAGAUAAUGGGGUUCUCAACUAUCCGAAACGUGCCUGCCAGUUCAACCGGACCCAGCUGGGCAACUGCUCUGGCAUCGGGGACCCUACCCACUAUGGCUACAGCACUGGGCAGCCCUGUGUCUUCAUCAAGAUGAACCGGGUCAUCAACUUUUAUGCAGGGGCAAACCAGAGCAUGAAUGUUACCUGUGUGGGGAAGAGAGAUGAAGAUGCCGAGAAUCUUGGCCACUACAUCAUGUUCCCUGCCAAUGGCAACAUUGACCUCAUGUACUUUCCCUACUAUGGCAAAAAGUUCCACGUAAACUAUACGCAGCCCUUGGUGGCUGUGAAGUUCCUCAAUGUGACCCCUAACGUGGAGGUGAACGUGGAAUGCCGAAUUAAUGCUGCCAAUAUCGCCACAGACGACGAGAGGGACAAGUUCGCCGGCCGAGUGGCCUUCAAACUUCGAAUCAACAAAACCUGAGGCUCCCUUCCCCCACCUCCCUUCGGAUGCUCUGGACCGGCCUUGACCCUGCCUGACCCCUCCCUCUCCCGCCCCAAAGGUAUUUUUUAUAACAGAGCUAUGACUUGUCUGAGCCUCACACCCCUGCUGUCGGGUUCUCCACCUAGCCUGAUCCCCACAGUCUCAAACAUCUUCCCACCGUAGCGUAGCCAGAGACAGAUGGGCUCCCGAGAUGGCCACAGAGGAGUUAGGAGACUUCUGGUUCCUCUGUGAGAGAGGACUUGCCUAGCGUGCAUGAGGCCGAGUGCUGCUGGAGUUUCUCUAGCUGGAGCUUGUUUCUGAGAGGCCCGUACAGCUCCUGCUUCCGUUUCUGCACCCCCCAAGAGCUAUAGAAAGUGGGGUGGACCCCACCCACCUUCGUACUCACCACACCCACACACCACAUACCCCUGGCUGUCUUUCAGCCCUUUGUUAGCCAGGGCUGAAUACUGUUUUCCCUCCCCUUCCAACACUCUGGCCACUCUCCUUUUAUCUCCUCACACAUCUGUCACCUAGCCAGUAUCUUGGUGGCUUGGACUUCUGGUUCCUCCAGCAGGCCUGCCCUCUUCUCUCCCCUUCCCUGUACCCUCCGAGAAGCUGCCAUUUGUAGCAGAGUACAAGUUGGUUCUGUGGCCUUUCCACCUUCCCAGUGCAUCCUGCGCCUCCCCCCAUUGUGACUCCAGAGGAGGACUGGAAGAGAAGUCUUUAGUUCUUCUAGAAAGUUCCCUAGUAGGCCUAGACUUUAACAUCUUCCUGGCCUCUUCUGUCAUCCAAACAGCUCCUACUCAGGCGGGCUUGACCUGCUCUGAAUAUCCACUUUGUUUUUAACUGAUGGCUCCCUUCCCCCACCGGCCUUCCCAGAAUAUCUUUCAAGUUCUGCUUCCCAGGGAGCUCUGGGGGAGGGGCCUCUGUCUUGGCUCCAUCCCCAGUGGCCACCUUGGAAACGUCAGCUGCCUGGGGGGACUCCCUGAGCCCAGAUCUGCCCACCCCCAUCCUCUCUGGCUACUCCUUGCAACCACUAACUUCUUCCCUGUCCGCAUGCCAGCCUCAAAGUUUCAGGCAGCCCCCUCCAGCUCAGCUCUCAGCUUCUUGGACCCAUCUCCUUCAGACUCUUUUGCCUUUAAAAAACAAAGACAACCCCUCUAACGCCCCUAGAAUGUAAAGUAAGGGUCUCCGGCUCUGAGUUUUCUUCCAUUAUGGAGGCAUUUUCCUUUGGUUUCUCUGCUUACCUUUAUCCUGCCUAACCUCCGCUUCCUUUAACACUGUAGCCCUCAUCCCACCCUCAAGGGGAUCCCCCUUCUCCCUCCCACUGGAUCUGUGUCUCUUCCCGUUGGGUGCCCAGGUUUUCCUGCUCUUUCUUCUACCCAGUGGUCUCCCUCUGCGGUUAUUUAAUGCCUGUGUCAGAUCUACUGUAAAAAGAGGAUAAAGUACAAUAAAAUGAGAGCGAUUAUAUAUAUAAAUAUAUAUCAUACACAGA